AUGUGUUGUUUUGGAGUAUUAGCUGCACUGUCUGUUUUCAACAUCAUUGCCUGUUUGACAAGAGGCAAGCCUUUGGAAGACUGGGACAGGCUAUCAGCUAUGGGAAAGUCUGAUGCACAUUUUCAUGAUCCUGGGGAAGUAGAAGAUGAGACCCAUUUCAACUUUAAAUCUUUCUUGGAGAAUAUGAAGAUGGAUUUACUAAGAAGUUUGAAUUUGUCAAGAGUACCCUCACAAGUGAAGACCAAAGAAGAACCACCACAGUUCAUGAUUGAUUUAUACAACAGAUAUGCUGCAGACAAGUCCUCCAUCCCUGCAUCCAAUAUUGUAAGGAGCUUCAGUACUGAAGAUGUUGUUUCUUUAGAUUCACCAGAAGAAAACCCAUUUCAGAAACACAUUUUGUUCUUCAACAUCUCUAUUCCACAAUAUGAGGAAAUCACCAGAGCUGAGCUGAGAAUUUAUAUCUCCUGUCACAGGGAAGUUGGGUCUCUCUCGAGGCUGGAAGGAAACAUGGUAAUUUAUGAUGUUCUAGAUGAUGGCCACUGGGAAAACCCAGAAAGUACCAAAUCUUCCCUUGUCUCCCACAAUAUCCAGGAAUGCGGUUGGAAGAUGUUUGAAGUGUCCAGCGCUGUGAAAAGAUGGGUCAGGGCAGACAAACUGGAGACUAAAAAUAAGCUAGAGGUUGUUAUAGAGACUAAAGCUCUGAGUGGUUUUACUUGUGGGAAACUGGAUGUCAGUGUUACCCCUGACACAAAAAACCUGCCCCUGUUAGUAGUGUUCUCCAAUGACCGCAGCAAUGGAACAAAGGAGACCAAAGUGGAGCUCCGCGAGAUGAUUGUUCACGAACAAGAAAGUGUGCUCAAGAAACUAGGGAAGAACAACACUUCAUCUGAAGAGGAACAGCAGGGAGAGGAAAAGGCCAUCACUGGAUCCCACCUGCAUUCCUCCAGAAGCAAGAGAAGUGUUGGAGCCAACCACUGCAGGAGAACUUCCCUCCAUGUGAACUUUGAAGAGAUUGGUUGGGAUUCCUGGAUCAUUGCACCAAAAGAUUAUGAGGCUUUUGAGUGUAAAGGAGGUUGCUUCUUCCCUCUGACAGAUAACGUCACUCCAACUAAACAUGCUAUUGUCCAAACUCUGGUGCAUCUCCAAAAUCCAAAAAAAGCCUCCAAGGCCUGUUGUGUUCCAACCAAACUGGAUGCAAUCUCCAUUCUUUAUAAGGAUGAUGCUGGUGUGCUCACUUUAAUAUAUAACUAUGAAGGGAUGAAAGUGGCAGAAUGUGGCUGCAGGUAGCAUACAAGGCAGAGUCUCUAAGAAUAGGAAGAUCCCCUUUUUCUGUUCUGUGUAAAUCUGUACAAUAGUGAUGCAAAUGAAGACCAUUGCAAAUAGGGUUUGGAGCAGGGUAUGGGGCUGGUUGUUGUUGCUGCUUGU